UCCCUUCACAUUCACUCCACUCCAUUACAGGAAGACUUCUCACAUUCCGCUGAGUCAUUUCUCAUUCAUCUCCAUUGUUUCAUUCAGUGCUGUUGACUCCAUGUUCUCCUCCCGCUUCAAACUUCUCCAUUCUCAGAGCUGUGACUUCCUAGAACUUCGACUUCCUCCGUGGCGGAAUCAGGCUGGUUGAGGCCGGCUGCGUGUCAGAGGUGUUACUCCUGUGGACACUAAAGUCAGCAAUACGACCGCAAGGAGCUCAAGCAGCCUGUGGGGAAUUCAGAAGCCACGACUAUAUCGAGGGAAGCUACUCGUGGCGGAACGGAUUUAACUCACAGUUGGUGGCAUGGCUUUCGCGCUAUCCGACAUUCCCAUUACCUCUCGUGGCGCCAGAACCGCCACGUCGGAUGCAAUCAGGCUCUCCUCUUCGUCUCGCCUCAACAUUCGACCUGAUGCCGGGUCACUCUCUCUCACCUCGGCCGCAAGAUGCCUCCGCUCCUCUCGACUCUCCGCCGGCCACAGCAGGCUCCGUUCCAAGCCGCUCCGUUAUACGAACGGCAGUGACAUUCGCGCGGCGACCGCUCCUUUCCGCUCUGGUAGCUCGGAGACUUCCUACGAGGCCUUGAUCCCAUCUCCGCCUCCGACCUCACCGUCCACAGCUGAAAGCGGAAAGAACCGAGGUGCGAAGAGGAACAGGCGGAAGGGGCGGAGGAGAACCGGCGACGAGGCGACUCCGAUUGAACGAGCCGGCAGCGGGGAAGGCGGAGAGUCGACCGUCUCCAGGUCCUCGGAUAAGGCGUUCCUGGCGGCGCUGGCGUCGCUGCCAGCUGCUCCGGCGAACGAACGGGGGAAGGAACAGGGUCGCGAGGAGGGACGCGAGCGGGAGAAUGAGCACGGUCAGGAGCACGGACAGGAGCACCGGCCCGAAUUGCGUGCCAGCAGCUCCGAUGCCCAGCUAGCGUCGCUCCUUGGCUCCGACUCCGCGUGGAAGGCGGGCCUGACGGGAGGACGCUCAUCCUCGGAAUCCAACGUCGAUGUUAGUCGUCCAGGUGCAGCUGGUGCACCUGACGUGGCCGGAGCGGGGAAGGCGCCGCAGAACGCGGGUGAUCCGUACGGCAAGAGGGUACUGGGACGCGCGGUGGCGCAGUGGAUGGCGCGCGGGGUUGCGCGGAUGGCGCAGGACGUGGCGGAGCGGGAGAUGCACGGAGAGAAGGGGCUGGAGGGGGUGGCUGCUGGCGGAAGCAUGGCGGUGUUGGCGCUGGCGCAGGAUUACCUGCUGAGGGAGCCAAUGCCAGAUGGCGAGCAGCAGCGCUGCCACGUGGGGAUGAGUCACUACCCCACGGUGCUGGACCACCUCCAGCGCGAGCUACAGACAGAGCUCAAGAAGCGCCAUGCAGAGGGGGUGGGUAAGGAGGGGAACGAAGAGGUUGCUGCCUCUGCUGCUGCUGCUGCUGGUGCUGCUGGUGCUGCUGGUGCUGCUGGUGCUGCUGGUGCCUCUGGUGCUGCUGCUAGUAGUGCCCAUGCAAUGAAUGCAUGGAACGAGAGUCCUUCGUGGAACCUUCUGAAGCAGCUCAUGCGAUCAGGCGACCAUCGCGCCAUCAUCCGUCAACCAGCCAACACUCUCGCCGCAAAUGGCGCACUCGCCUCUUCCCCCUCAUCUAAUGCCCUGGCCGCCCAGCAGCUGCAGCAGCAGAGGCGCCAGACAAACUUGGCCGCCCUCCUCUCCCCCUCCGCACUGCAAGCCGCCCAGCAGCGAAUCACCGCCUACGUGGCAACCGCUGCCGAGCUUCUCCAAUUGGAGCGAGACGCUGACCUGGACGCCGUGGCUGCUGACGUGGUUGGCGCUCAGCCACCCCUGUCCGAUCGACUGGGUCCACGGAAUGAGGCGGAAGGAGGGAGUGAGGGAGCAAGAGAGAGGAGGGGGCGGAAGGAAAGAGGGGAGGUGGAGAGAGGGUUGGCUAGAGAGGGUGGCACGCUGACUGACUUAGUUGCUGUGGGCACGUCCAUUGGGCUAUCGGGUGUGCAUCUCAUCACCCUCGCUUCUCCCAAUGCUGGCCUCCUAUCCGCCUCGACGCUCUCCCCUGGGGAUGCCAUCUGUCUUUCCUUUGAUUGGUCCAAGUGCAGCCGCAUCGGCAGCGGGAACGCGGGUAGUGCAGGAAACGCUGCAGUGAGUGCUACAGUCAACGCAUCUGCUGCAGCAACUGCCGCGGUGUGUUACCGAGGCUACGUGCAUGGUUUGGGGGAGGACGGGCAGAGCCUGGUGGUUGCGCUGGACGGGAAGCUUGGCGUAGGUAGCGGCAGCAGCAGCAGCAGCAGGAAUGCCAGGAGCUUACACGACUCGAAGAGUGAGGGGGAGAGUGGUGGCGGCAGCAGCAGCAGCAGCAGCAGCCAUGGGGUAUCGUCGCCACUAUAUUUGCAGGAGCUUUUUGGCGUGGCGCUGAGGGUGCAGCGGCUGUCCGGUCUUGUGGACCUCACCACGUACGAGCGCAAUCGCGAGGCACUGGAGCGGCUGAGGGCGACCGCUCUCAAGCCCAAGAGCCCUUCUCGAGCUGUCGCUGCCGCCCUCUUUGCUGCUCCCCGUGCUGCUCCCACAGCAGAAGCAGCGUUAGCACCAGCAGCGCUAGCACCAGCAGCAGCACCACCAUUAGUAGCAGGAACAGCAACAUCAUCACCAACACCGGCGGCGCCACCCCAAGCACCAACAGCAGCAGCUGAGAGUGCUGUCGACACCGCGUCACCAUCCCCCUCGCCCGCCUCCCCUCUUCCCCCGUCCCCCCUGCCCUUCGAUGCCAGUCAGCUCACGGCUAUUCGCCUCGCCCUGGACCCCUCCCAGCCCGUGGUGGCCAUCCAGGGCCCGCCAGGCACGGGCAAGACGUCGGUCGUCACAGAGAUCAUAGCCCGGGCGGUCAGGGAGGGGCGCCGAGCGGAGAGGAAAGAGGAAGAGCCGGAAGGCAGCAGGGUAGAAGACACGGGGGAGGUGAUGGGCGAUGCUGCGGGCGCGAAGCAGCGCACAAGGAAGCACCGGGUGCUGGUUUCAGCCCCCACCAACGCAGCAGUAGACGUGCUUGUAGAGCGCCUGGCCUUCAAGGGUCUCAGAGUCGUGCGUGUGGGCAACCCCGUGCGCCUCUCCCCCGCUGUGACCCCCUUCUCUCUCGACCACCUCGUCGCCGCCCGCCUCGCCCCCUUCCUCCGCGACGUCGCCCGCCGCCGGCGUGACCUGCGCUCUGAUCUCCGCGCCGUGGGCGGCGACCCAGCGCUGCGCUCAGCACUCCAGAAGAUGCUGAGGCGGCUGGCACGGAUGGAGAAGCAGCGGGAGAAGGACGAAGUGGAGAACGUGAUAGGGGAUGCCGAGGUUAUCCUCUGCACCACGACCGGCACAGGGGAGAAGAUCGUUCAGAAGGUAGCAAGGGAGGAGGGGGGUUUCGACCUGGUGGUGCUGGACGAGGCGGGGCAGGCCACGGAGCCGUCCAGCUGGAUCCCGCUGCUGCUGGGGCGGCGAGCGGUGGUGGCCGGGGACCCCUGGCAGCUGGCGCCCACGGUGCAGUCUGUGGAGGCGCAGCAGCGCGGGCUGGGGGUGUCGCUGAUGGAGCGCAUUGAGAAGGAGGGGCUGCUGGGGAGAGUAGGGGGGGGAGGAGACGUGGAGAGGAUAGUGGGAGGGGGGAAUCUAGACAGAAUGGGACAUGGAGGGGAGGUGUUGGGGACAGAUGGAGUGGCAGGAACGGUGAUGGGAGGGGCAGCGAUUUGGGAACCGAUGAGUGGCAGCUAUGGUGGCAGCUAUGGUGGCAGCCUGGCCAUGCUGCGAGUGCAGUACCGCAUGCACCGGGCCAUCUCCGACUGGAGCUCUGCUGAGAUGUACAACGGCCACCUCAUUCCCGCGCCUGCUGUCGCCAAUCGCACACUAGCUGACAUCACCACCACCUCCUCCCCCUCCUCCCUCCCCGCUCUCCUGGCCCAACCCAUGCUCCUCAUCGACACUCGCUCCCCCCGCGGCCUGCUGCACGCGCACUGCCAGGAGGCGCCCGACGCCUCAGGCACGGGCUCCCUGGUGAAUGAGGGCGAGGCGGACCUGGUGGUAGACCAUGUGGCCCUGCUGCUUACUGCCGGCGUGCCGCCCGGGUCCAUAGCCGUGCAGUCACCGUACCUCGCACAGGUGCAGCUCAUCCGCCAGCGGCUGGAGGACCGGCUGGGCGGCGAGGUUUGGCCGCAUUCUGGCGAGGAGGGGUGGGACGUGGCGGCGAUUGAGGUGGCGAGUGUGGAUAGCUUCCAGGGGAGGGAGGCGGAUGCUGUCAUCAUCUCCAUGGUCCGCUCCAACUCAUAUGGCUCAGUGGGUUUCCUUGGGGACCAUAGGCGAAUGAAUGUAGCGGUGACACGUGGCAGGCGCCAUGUGGCAGUCAUUGCUGACUCAGCAACGGUGGGCCACAACCCUUUCCUCCGUCGCCUGCUGCUGCACAUCCGCUCGGUGGGCCGAGUGGUCGGGGCUCAUGAGCUGGAUCUUGCUGCUUCAUCACCUGCCAUGUCAGCUUCAAGUGCCACAUCAGCCACACCAGGCACAUCACUGACGCCGUCAGGAGCAAGUGUUUCUACAGUCUAUGCACGCCCCUUGUUAAUACAAGCUGAUGCACUGCCAGCAGUACCAGCCUCGUUUGAGGCAAGGCACUCCCCAGGAGAUGCGCCGCCGAGCCAUUUGCUGUCAGCCGUUGCAGUUGCAGCAUCCCCUUCUGGCACGGGUGAUAGUUCCAGCAGGACAAUCACGGUACCCUCUUCCAAAGGUGGAGUGCCAGUUAGUACCGCCUCCAUUGGUAAAUUACGAGCCGGGCCCUUAGGCCCUCGGGUGAUCGCUCGCCUUCGAAAGGGAGUUUGAGGUGUUUGUGACUUUUCUGGGUUGGAUCUAGAUUCAUUGUAUGUUGCUGGUGUUUGCUGGCAUUAUUUUUGCUAUUUCAAUUGUCUUUGGCUUAUUUGUUGACCAAUUACCAUAUACGAUAUGA